CAAAAAACUCUUCAGAUUUCCAUUCUAUUUGAUGGUGUUAAUUGUGUUCAUCUUUUUAUUAACAUUCAUUUAUUUAUAUGCAUAUGAAAGAGGAAACACACAAGGACAUGCUGAGAUAAAAAGAGAACUGAUUACAAUGAAUGACAAAUUAUACUUUUUGAUAGGAGACAUGGCUAAAAUAAAAGAAAAAGCAUCUAAAUUACAAGAAGACAUUGCUGAAAUAAAGGAAAAAACAUCUAAAUUAGAACAAAGAAUGGAGAAAGACAAAGUCUUUAGUACAUCAUUUUGGGAUGACUUUGGCACAGUUAUUAUUUUAUUUUUUCUUAACAUGUUAAAUUGCUAUUUGAACUCUACAUCUUUGAAGUUGGGAUUUAUUAAUUUUUUUAACGCAUGGUUUACAGUAAUGUUGGCUCAGAGAAAUUCAAGCUUUGUAAAACUAGCAACACGUUUACCAUUUAGUUAACGAAAUAUCUUUUUUCAUACCAUUAAUUUUUGUAUUGCAAAAUACAUCAUUUGCAUUGUUCAGAAAUAAGUGACCAAAAAAAAAAACCCCGCUAAUUUUUCAAUCGCACUAAAAGGUAUAAAAUUAUAAUUAAAAAUUUUAAACACACCCAACCAUUUUUGUAAAUUUUUUUUCUACUUUUUUAGUGCUUUUUAAAUAUUAGCGUUUUUUAAAUACUUUUAUUAUUUUAGCGAUCUUACUCUGUUCAGUCAUACAUAUCACUGGUUUUCGUGGCUAGCUCAGGCAACCCAUUCCAUGCUCUUAAAGCAUUUAAUCUGUAUUAGACAAAAAUCAAAUAGCACUAGG